UUUGAAGUUGACUGGUUUGGUAUGUUGUUGAUUUACAUUACAUUGGCGACGCGUUUACGCUACAGAGCUUAUUAACAAGAUCUGAUCGGAUCUGAAGCUGAAAGGGUUAAACGACGGUUGUGAAUUGUGAUGAAGAUGGGGUCUUCAGCUUCCUCCUUCGUCCUCUUCCUCUUCCUCAUAGUCGCUUUGUUGCCAUCGUCGCUCUCAGAGAUCCGCUUCUCGGAGAUCCGAGACGACGAUCGCCCCAUCAUUCCCUUCGACCAGUUCGGAUUCACGCACAAGGGUCGCCUGGAGCUCAAAGUUUCCAAAAUCUCACUCUCAAAUUCUAAUCUUGACCUCUCCAAAGUCGGGUUCUUCCUUUGCACCCUCGAUUCGUGGCUCCAUGUCCUUCAGCAACUCGAAGAUGGUGAGAUUCGCUGCGCCCUUCAGUCCGAUCUCGUCAAGUCCGUUUACACCUUCAAUACUCUCAACGGCCAAGACUCAUUCAACGCUCCCUACAAUGAAACCGACGCCGAUCAGUACAACCUUGUCUUCGCCAAUUGCCAAUGGCAGCAGCUUAAAGUGAGCAUGGACGUGGAGUCUGCCAUGUACAAUCUCGACGGAAAGAGCGGCGUUCGCGAUUACCUCUCCGCCGGCAGAACCAUCCUUCCGAGGGUUUACUUUCUCUUCUCGUUGGUUUAUUUCGCCCUCGCUGCUGUUUGGAUAAGCGUCCUCUACAAGAAGCGAUUGACCACUUUCCGCAUCCACUACUUCAUGCUGGCCGUUCUCAUCCUGAAAGCUUUGAAUCUCUUGUGCGAGGCUGAGGACAAAUCCUACAUCAAGCGCAGCGGAAGCGCCCACGGUUGGGAUAUCCUCUUUUACAUUUUCAGCUUUCUCAAGGGAAUUUCACUCUUCACUCUCAUUGUCUUGAUUGGCACUGGCUGGUCCUUCCUCAAACCCUUCCUUCAGGAUAAGGAAAAGAAGGUUCUCAUGAUUGUUAUCCCUCUUCAAGUCGUUGCCAACAUUGCUCAGGUCGUAAUUGAUGAGAGUGGCCCCUACGGCCAUGACUGGAUUACUUGGAAACAGGUCUUCCUCCUUGUUGAUGUCGUGUGUUGCUGUGCUGUGCUCUUCCCCAUUGUCUGGUCCAUCAAGAACCUCCGUGAGGCCGCCAGGACUGACGGCAAGGCCGCGGUUAAUUUGAUGAAGUUGACUCUCUUCAGGCAUUACUACGUCGUCGUUAUCUGUUACAUUUACUUCACCAGGGUUGUCGUUUAUGCCUUGGAGACUAUAACCUCCUAUCGCUAUUCUUGGACCAGUGUGGUUGCUGCAGAGUUAGCCACGCUUGCUUUCUAUGUCUUUACUGGCUACAAGUUCAAACCUGAGGCUCACAAUCCUUAUUUUGUCAUCGAUGAUGAGGAGGAAGAGGCUGCCGCCGAGGCAUUGAAGCUUGAAGAUGAAUUCGAAUUGUAAUUUCUCUGAAAAUACAAAAUUAAGGUUUUGUCAAUUUAGAUGGUUGAAGAAGUUGGGACAGUGCUCAGCAAUCCUCAGGUUUCAUCUCAACAACCAGUAGAAAUUUUAUGUUACAUUUUGUGGGGGGUAUAGUCAUCAUCAUGCUAUAUUUUCUGUGUUCUGGCCCCGUGCCAGUUCUAUGAAUUAGUGUCAUAAUAUCCUAGACCCUUUGUGUAGUCCUGUGAACCGUAUAUUACUUCUAAGUAUUGAUACUUUGAUACCAUAUCGUGCGAACAUUUUUGUCAUGACUGGUUUUAUUCUACUUAUUUCCCGCUUCAAACAUCUAUUACUGCAAAUUGUGUCGGAAUUUGUCCAACCAUUAGCAGUUUAGCACUAGAACAUAGAAUUCUAAGUUUGUUGGAAACAUUAAUCUAACCAUUACGACUGGAAUUAUGAAUAUGCAUUUCUGGUGGCAAAUGUAGAAAUAUCAUGGAACCUACACUCAUGAGUUCAUUGUAUGUAAGAAUCAAACAAGGUGGAGUCAUUGCACAAAUCUGGUAAUAUAAUGGAAAAUUAAAUCUCUAGUAAACUAGCUUUUACAUUAAGUGUUUUCUGAAAUGAUUUACUGUGCGUAAGCAGCAUCUCUUCGACAGCCCUUUUCCGUCCAAACUUAAAGCCUUGUUCUGAAGUGACAAGGAGUGCAGUGACACUUUUAGUCCGUUGCAGAGAUAGAGGACUGGAGCAACCAGAGAAUGAGAAGUAGAAACCAGAGCCCUUUCACUGCCACUUUUUUUAUUUUUAAUGUCUUUUAACUCUUCUAGGGUCCCUCAUCCCAAACUGUAGCAAGCUUCUGUCUGCUGAUCUCCACUCACAGUUCCACCAGUAAUUUACCACAACCUACCAUUCAGUUUAUUUCAGAAGAGAAUGACAAGCAAGAUUGAAGAGAAGAGACUUAUAAUGUUGGGAGAAUCUACUAUGAGAUUUGACAGGAUUAUGCUUAAGAUUCAUAAUCAGAGAACACCUUCAUUACCUCUCAGUUUCACAGGAUUACCAUUGAUCUAAAUUUCAUCUUCUUUUGUGAUUCUUGUGAGUAAAUGUUUCGACAAGUUUUACAUUAGUUUCUAAAAGCCUAACACAAUCCUCUUCUUUUACCCGAGCUUGGGAUUGGCUAUGAGAUCAUAGGUGAAGGAAAUUAUUAAAAGAGAUCUAAUGAUAAAUAGUAUUUCUAAGGAUUUGGUUUUUGACCAAGUUCAAUGGCGUCAAGUGAUCCAUAUAGCCAACUUCACCUAGUGACAUAAGUUUGGUUGUUGUUUUAAAUCCUAUGAUACUUUUAUUUUCUUUCAUUUAAAGCCUGUUGGAUGUGACUGAAUGGCUUUGGCUGAACAUGAUUAUGUUGCUUUCCUUGUUACCUAAAUAAGUUAUUGUUGGUCUAGUUGAAUUUGUUAUAAUGUCUGUUCUCAUUUUUUAAUAAGUGUUAUGCAAUUUGAGCAAAUUUGGUAGG